GGUAGCACCCGCCAGCUGGGUGGAUACCAUGGUGACGUAGCGGCGAGUCAGGAGAGGGCGCGUUGUCCUGUCCUCACAAAGGAGGGUCUGAGCCUCGGCGGCGGCGCUUUCAGGAGUGAACCAACCCAGGGUCUCACUAAGUGGGGAGCGCCUUGCCAGGGUUCCUCUCAUCGUCUACCGCAGCCCAGCCCCCUCCGCCCACAGGCUCCAUGGCGGCUGCCGCGCGGAUGGACCCGGCUCAGGGCUGUGUCACCUUUGAGGACGUGGCCAUUUACUUCUCCCAGGAGGAGUGGGGGCUCCUUGAUGAAGCUCAGAGGAUACUGUACAAUGAUGUGAUGCUGGAGAACUUUGCAAUCAUAGCAUCAUUGGGUCAUUGGCAUGAAAUGGAGGAGGAGGAGGCAUCUUCUGAGCAGAGUGUUUCUGUAGAAGAAGUAUCAGAGACAGGUUCAUCCACCCAGAAGACUUACCCCUGGGAAACGUGUGUCUCUGUCUUUAAAGACAUUGUGGCCGAGGUUGGAAAGGACUCCCCGGUCCCAGCAGUCCUCCAGUACCUACCCGCUCCCAACAGUGAGAAGACAGACAGCAGUACCGAGUGUGGGGAGGCUUUUUACAAUGGAGAAAGUCAUUAUAAGAGAGGAGAAUGUGGGAAAGCUUCCAGCCACGAACACGCACUUGUUCACCACCAGAGUAUCUGUGCUGGAGAGGGACUUUGUGAGGAUAGCAAAUGCAGGAAAGCCAUCAGCUACAAUUACAGACGUGUUCAGCAGCAGCAAAUUCAUAAUGGAAAAAGGCUUUAUGAGUGUGGAGAAUGUGGGAAAUCCUUUACCCACCACUCUUCGGUUAGUAGACACCAGAGAAUACACACUGGAGAAAGGCCGUAUGAGUGUGGUGAAUGCGGGAAGUCCUUUACCCACCACUCCUCCCUUAGUAGACACCAGAGGGUUCACACUGGUGGAAGGACUUAUGAGUGCAGUGAAUGUGGAAAAUCCUUUAUUCGAAGUUGCAGCCUCAUUCAGCACCAGAGACUUCACACAGGAGCAAAGCCUUAUAAGUGUGUCGAAUGUGGGAAAACCUUUAGUGAAAAUUCUACUCUCAUUCAACACCGCAGAGUUCACACUGGAGAGAGGCCUUAUGAGUGCAGUGAAUGUGGCAAAUUCUUUAGCCGUAGCUCUACUCUCAGUCAACAUCGGAGAUCUCAUACUGGAGACAGGCCUUAUAAGUGCAGUGAGUGUGAGAAAUCCUUUCGCCAAAGAUCUGGACUCAUUCAACACCAGAGAAGUCACAUAGGAGUAAAACCUUAUGUGUGUGAUGAAUGUGGGAAAUCCUUUAGUCAAAGCUCUGGCCUCAUUCAACACCGGAGAGUCCAUACUGGAGAAAAGCCUUAUGAGUGCAGCAAAUGUGGAAAAUGCUUUAGACAAAGUUCUGCCCUCCGUCAACACCAGACAGUCCACACUGGAGAAAGGCCUUAUGAGUGUGCAGAAUGUGGGAAAUGCUUUAGCCACAACUCCGGACUUAAUAAACAUUGGAGAAGUCACACUGGAGUAAGCCUGUAUAUAUGUGGUGAAUGUGGGAAAUCCUUUAGCCAAAUCUCCAUCCUUACUCAACAUGAGAAAAUUCACAGGAGUAAUGCUACAAAUGUGAAUGUGGAAAAUCCUUUAGCCAAAGCUUCACCUUCAUUUAAUACUGGAGAAUAUACACUGGAAAAAGGCCUCAUGAAUGCAGUGGCUGUGGGAAAUCCUUUAGCCAAAACUCCACGCUUAUUGAACACCAGAGAGUUCACAGGAGCAAGGCCAUAUGACUGUGGCGAAUAUGAGAACUCCUUUAGCCAAAGUUUCAGCCUCAUUCAGUACUGAAGUUUUCACAGCAGAAAAAGGCCUCAUCAAAGCAGCAAAUGUGAAAGCUUUCAGCCCAAAGUCUGACAUCAUUCCACACAAGAAAGUCCACAAAUAGAAAAGGCCUUGCACGUGCAGGGAAUGUGCUAGCUCUUUGUUCAGUAUAAUGGCCCUAUAGAAACUUUAUAAGGGAGUCAUCUGCCUAAAGUUGAAUUGCAUAUGUUGGAACAUCCAGAGUGGUGAGAGUCCCCUUGUUCCAGGCAUGUGCAAAGAUUUUGUAAGCUGCAUUGCACAUUAUAUCCUCCCCCGGACUUCUCUCAGAUUUAUAUCACUGACAUUUUCUAUGGCAGAAGCCAUCUUAGUUCUACUGUCUUGCAGGUUCCCACACUGUGUUUCACGCACCCUGGAAUGCUCAGACAAGGCAGACACCUGUGUUCUUGCCAGUUCCCUAGAUAAAAUCAUGAGUAGUGUGAGCCCUUAGGGGCUUCAUUCCCUUCCCUGAAUGUAUACAGCACAGACUAGACACAGUUUUGGCCAGGAGGACCCAGUUUGGGUUCUGCUAGCAGCUGGCAUAGGAAGUUCACAUUCUUCAAGACAUUGUUGGUCUUGCAUAAUACUUGUGAUUUUUUUUUUUUUCCCAGCCUGUAAAUCACCAGUUAGUAACUACCUGCUUCAUAUUCCUCUGGUUUGUGCAGCAGUAAAGGCCUUAUUGUUAAUCUAUCUUUAAUCUUGGAUUGUGAGGCAGUGGUGGUUCAAUGGUAUAAUGCUAGCCUCCCAUGCAGGAGACCUCAGUUUGAUCCCGGCCAAUGCACCAAAUGCAUAGCCACCACUAGUGUGUCAGCUUGUUGUACUAUGGUGGCUUGUGUGUUGCUAUGAUCCUGGACAGGUUUUGGUGAAGUUGCCAAACUGUGUCAGGCUGGGAAGAAAGACCUGGUAAUCUGCUUCUGAAAACUAACCAGUGAAGACUCCAUGGAUCAUAAUGGUCUGAUUCACAACUGAUCGUGUGGAUGGCAUAUGACUAGGAAAUGUUUCCUUCUGCUGUAUGUGGGGUUCAUGAGUUGGAGCCAGUUCAAUGACAACUAAUAGCAACAACAGCAACCCUGGGGCUUCUGUUCGCUAUGUGAAGUCAGUUGAAAACAGAAUUGGCUCUGUUACUGUGAAGGGUGAACAGCUUUCAUGGGCCCCACAACUUUGUGUUCCUCAGUGGAGACAGUAUGAUGGCAGGGUAACCCUCCCUGCAGGUGUGGCCUAAAAUGCAUUGCUGACCAAUACCUCCUAGGAAAGAGUGCGGUGGAGUUUUGUCCUAAUUUGUGACCUGGAUGUCUGAAUUUUCUUUUCUUUUUUUUGUGAGACUAGAGGUGGGAGAAUUGUAACAACUCUAGUGUUUCUGGGAACACCAUGAAUUUGUUCACUUGUCCCAGGGGUUGUCUCUUCCCCUUGUUGGGGUGAGAGAAACAUUUCCCCAGUUCAAUAAGAGAGCCCUGUGCCUUGAAGUCCAGAAUUCAGGAAGCGAGUUUUUCUGGUUGUAAGACUACAGAGGCCAGAUGGGAACCAUAAUUGGUACUGAAACGCUGAGUGUGGAUAAUAGGGAGUGGUGGAGACUGCAGCAAACUCCAGACAAUGUGCUGUGAGAUGUGCAUCCACAAAUGUUCCGAUCACUGGUUGAGCAGGAUCCCCAUGGGCAGACAUUCUCAGGACCUCCAGACCCACGUGUGUGCUGUGGCUGUGGUCAUUGUCGGAGCAAAGGUUUUGUGGAUUCUUGUAUCCUCUUUGGGUUGUUAACUCCAAGUCCAUUACUAUGCAGGCAGGAAAACAAGGAUGGAGAGAAAUAUCUUGCAGUCUGGGAUGUGGCUCUGUGAACCAGCCAGCGUGCCUGUUGUCUCAGAUGAAAAUGGUCUUCUGCUCACCCAUAUUUCCUGCCACUGAGGCAUGGCUCCCCUUCUCUUGUCAUGAGGGAAGAGAUGGGAGAGCCAGUAUAUGGUUGCCAAACCUUCUAGUUUUUUGAAAAUUUUGGGAUAUUUAAAGUGUGCGGUUUGGUCAGUUUUGACAUAAAUAUUCACCCAUGAAGCUGACAUAAUCAUGAUCAUGAAAAUAUCCGUCACUCCCAUAUUUAACUUCUACCAUUUAAAAAUCUUUCCCUGCCCUCCUCAGGGAAGGGUUGACUUCAUCUAGGCAAACAUGAUUUCCAUUCUUUCACAAUAAAUCAGUGUGCAUUUUCUAAAAUUUUAUUAGUGCAAUCACAAAAUUUAUUCUUUUUUCCCCUCCCUCUGAUUUUCAGGAAACCUUGGUGGCGAAGUGGUUAAGCACUACGGCUGCUAACCAAAGGGUCGGCAGUUCAGAUCCACCAGGUGCUCCUUGGAAACUCUGUGGGGCAGUUCUGCUCUGUCCUGUAGGGUUCCUAUGAGUCGGGAUUGACUCGAUGGCACUGGGUUUUCUGGUUUUCAUACUGCAUAAUAAUUUUGAAAUUUGUCAUUGUUAACUUACGCGAAUAGUUGAUUUUUAUUCCUGAGUGUUAUUCUGUCUAUGGCUAUACCACUGUUUAUCAUUCAUCUGUUAAUGGACAUUUGUGUUUCCAAUUUUUGAUUGUUACAAACAGCUGCUAUGAGCAUAGGUGCACAUUUCUUAAAUGUGAAUAAUACAUUUUAUAGAUGUAUUAGUUUCUUAUGGCUGCCGUAACAAAGUACCACAAACUGGGUGACUUAAAACAACAGAAAUUUAUUCUCACAAUUCUGGAGGCUAUUGCUGCUGUUGUGUGUUGUCGAGUCAAUUCCAACUGAUAGUGACCCUAUAGGACAGAGUAGAAGUGCCCCAUAGGGUUUCCUAGGCUGUAAUCUUUGCAGGAGCGGAUCACCAGGUCUUUUCUCCCUCAGGGCCACUGGGUGGGUUCUAACUGUGGACCUUUUGAUUAGCAGCUGAGCGCUUAACCGUUGUACUGCCAUUGCUCCAUUUUGGAAGCUAGAAGACCCAAGUUAAGGUAUUAGAAGGGCCAUGCUACCUCUGAAGGCUAUAGGGAAGAAUCCUUUGCCCCUUCUUAGCAUGUAGUGGUUACCAGCUAUCGUUUACAUUCCUUUGUAUACCUUGGCUUGUGGCUGCAUCACUCCAGUUUCUGCCUCCAUCUUCACAUGGGCAUCUUCUGUCUGUUUAAAUUUCCUUCUUAUAAGAACAGUGGUCAUUGUAUUAGUGCCCGCCCUAAUCCAGUAUGACUGCAACUUGAUUACAUUUGCAAAGACUGUAUUUCCAAGUAAUGUCAUAUUCAUCAAUACUAGGGGUUAGGACUUCAAAAUACCUAUAUGGGGAUACAGUUAAACCCCAAUUUAUAGAUAUGUGUUUUAAUACCUCAGAAUAGGAGAAUGUUUAGCUUAUUAAGAAACUGCCCAAUUGUCUUAUGAAGUGGUUGUACCCUUUUGCAUUCACACUGGAUAUGAGACAUCUUGUUCCUCCACAUUUUUGCUAAUAAUUAGUAUGGUUGGUCUUUUUAGUUUUAUUUGUUUUAAUAGGUGUGUUCAGUGGUUAAAUUCUUGCCUUCCAUGUGGGAAAUGUGUGUUCGAUUCCUGUCAGUGGAGACUUACAUAUUCCAUGAUUCUGAGCAAGUUUCAGUGGCACUUCCGGACCAGGAAGAAAGGCCUAGUCAUCUACAUCUGAAAUACAAGCAAUGAAAACCCAGGGAUCACAAUUGUCCCAUCCCGUUGCGCAUGGGUUUACCAUGAUUUGGGGGCCUAUUCAGUGGCAGCUAACAACAACAGCAAGAUAGAUUAUGUAAUGGUGUCUGGCCAUGCUUUUCAUUGCAUUGCUCUAAUGAUUUGUGAUCUUGGGAAUUCUUUGAUGUAUUUAUUUGAUUCCUGUUAUCUUUGGUGAAAUAUUUCUUCAUAUAUUUUUGCCUACUUUUUUUUUUUAAUAGAUGUUGACUAAUAUUUCCCUUUUCAUUGAUACAUAAGAAUACAUAUAUAUAACAAAGGUACUUGCUGGAAUAUCACUCAUUCUUCAGUGAUGUGAGAGAUUUCUUGCUAAGUACAAUAAUUAUUUUUGAAUACUGAAGACUAUUUCCUCAAUGUUUUGUGCUAUUUGUAAUGUAACAGCCACAGAGUAUAUACUUUUAAAUCUGCAUUAUUAACAUCAUCUCCAUCAAUUUCUUAAGGCUAUACAGUCAAUAAAACAAACAAGCUCUAGUUUGUAGCAAUUAUCAGUUUCCCUGAUUUAAAUACUCCACAGAGGCCAAUUUCUAGCAUGAUACAGUAUGCCUUUGUUGUUAGGUGCUGUCAAGCUGGUUCCAAUUCAUAGCGACUUUGUGUAUAACAGAACAAUACAUUACCUGGUCCUGUGGCAUCCUCACAGUAGUAGGCAUAUUUGAGCCCAUUGUUGAAGCUACUUUGUCAGUCUGUCUCACUGAGGAUCUUCCUCUUUUUCGCAGACCUUUUACUAUAGUAUAUAUUAGUCAAAUAAUGAAGAUGUGACAGAUUUUGAGUAUUACCUUUGCUUUUUAAACAGCUUUAUUGAAUAUAAUUGUGUUUCAGUAGAUUGUGCAUAUGUCAAAUGUACAGUGUUGACCACUGGACCCAGGCAUAAUGACGUCAACCAUCAACCUGAGAGGUCUGUGGUCGUUAAUGAUCAUUGACUUUAUCUUCAAUAUAGGUGAUGUUCCAAUAUAAAUGAAUUCUAGCUCCCCUUUUUAAUAAAAAAAUUAGAAACUUCUACAAAGAAAAGUUUCGUGUGGAAGCAUUUAGAGAGAAAAGAAAGAUCUUAAUUUUUCACUUUAUUUUCCCUCUUCAAAUAUGUUGAUUUGGUCCUGUACCAUUUUCCAAAUGUGAGGGUUUAUUUUAGCAGUAUUUAAAAUGUCAGAUUUUUACAUAUUUAUAUGUUUUAAUUCAUCUAAAUUAUUUGAUGCUGAAAAUAUCACACACAGCACCAUUUGGAAUUUUUCAUGUUAGGUCUUAUGUCCUCUUGACAUAACCUCAGUGGUUUUUGGUGGCUUCUUUGCUGUCUUACACAAUAAGGAAUUCAGGAGUCAUCUUUUAUAGCUUCUACCUUUGAUGUGGAAACUCAAAAAACUCAGUGCCGUCAAGUCAAUUCCGACUCAUAGCGACCCUAGAGGACAGAGUAGAACUGCCCCAUAGAGUUUCCAAGGAGCACCUGGCGGAUUUGAACUGCAGACCCUUUGGUUAGCAGCCGUAGCACUUAACCACUACGCUACCGGGGUUUCCAAAAUGUGGAAUCACCCAUAUUUUCAGGAAUCUCUAGUUUCUUUUAGUGGAGUGUAGAGGCUGUACAUUUAGAGACAGUGUAUUUAAUAUACUGUUAGCCACUGUCAAGUUGGCCCUUGACUCAUGGUGACACCAUGCACAACAGGAUCAGACUGUUGUGAUCUGUAGGAUUUUCAUUGACAGAUAUUUGGAAGUAGAUUACCAGGCCUUUCUCCCUAGUCUGUCCUAGUCUGGCAGCUCUGCUGAAACCUGUUCAGCAUUAUAGCAACGUGCAGUCCUCCACUGACAGGUGCUGCCUUGGCUUGAGGUGUAUUAGCCAAGAAUCAAACUCAGUUUUCCUGCAUGGAAGGGAGAAUGCUACCACUGAACCACCACUGCUCCCAUUUCAUAUGAAUGUAAAUAUAAUUUCAUUUUUUUUACACAUUACUGCUGAGACGCUCUGCUUUUAUUUUGUUUAUAUAAGAUAUUCAAAUUGUGCUUCAGAUAUAAUGGAAGUAAUUCCUUUUGGUUAAAUAUGAGUUUGGUACACCUUUAUUUUUUUCUUUAUAUAUUAAUGAGUUAUGUUUUAAAAUAAUUUUGUUACCAUAUUUACAGGGUAAAUGUUUAUAAUGUUUGAAAACAGCCACAAACCAGAUAAAUGUAGAAUAGUUUAACUUCCUGAUUUCUCCUUUGCCCUGUCUCCUUCAUUGUUCACAGAAACCCAUUUUUAUAUUUUUAAAAUGUAUUCUGCUAUUUAAAAUAUAUAACCAUAUACACACAGAGCAAUGCAUAAAUAUAUCUAUACCAUUUCUUAGGAAAAUACAGCAAGCUGCACACAGUAUUCUGACAUUUUCUUCCUGGAAGUGCUGCAGUACAAAACUUAACUCAUCAGAGCUGCCUACUGCUAUGUUGGAAAGAUGUACCAUGACCCAUUGGUUGAUUUAUAUUAAAUUAAAUGUAGUAUUACCUUCCUUUCUCAGAGUAGGGCUGGGAUCCUUGAAAAUUCCUCUCUUCUCUGUCUUUAUAUGUUACCUUUGUUCACCUGGCACAUGUGGGGACCCACAGACUUGAUUCUCAACUAACUGGUCAUAGCAAACAACUUGGUUCUUGCCUCUAAAGUAAUCCCUUGGACAAUGGCAGCUUUUGAUUUAAAAUAUUUCCUGCAUGAUCCUGGAUGUAAACAUGUCUUCUGUUUUCAUGGAGUUGGCAGGGGGGUUUCCCUCAGCACUGCCUGCCUCCUUAGUGGCCUCCAGGCCAUUGAGUUUUGCCCCAGUCCUUCUAGGUAGAUGGAGCUCAGAAUGAGAUAUCCAGAGUGCAUUGGCUUCUGCUGUUUCUUCUGCUGGAUCCUGUAUCUUCUCUUUAAUAAUUUUAUUGCUGUGAAUGUGGUAGGCUUAAGUAAGAGAAGAAACAUGAGUGUGGAGAAAAUAUCUGGUUUGUGGUUUUGUUUUCAAACUUCAUAAAUAUCCUGUCCUAGUCAGAAAAAAAACAAAAAUCCUCACAACUGGACCAAUAGACAACAUCAUGGUAAAUAGAGAAAAUAUUAAAGUUGUUAAGGAUUUUAUUUUACUUGGCUCCACAAUCAAUGCCCAUGGAAACGGCAGUCAAGAAUCAAAUGAUAUAUUGCAUUGGGCAAAUCUGUUGCAGAAGACCUCUUUAAAGUGUUAAAAAGCAAAGAUGUCACUUUGAGGACUACAAUGUGCCUGACCCAAGCCAUGGUCUUUUCAGUCACCUCAUAUGCAUGAGAAAGCUGGACAGUGUUGAAAGAAAACAAAAGAAUUGAUGCAUUUGAAUUACGGUGUUGGUGAAGAAUAUUGAAUAUACUAUGGACUGCCAGAAAAGUGAACAAAUCUGUCUUGGAAGAAGUACAGCCAGAAUGGUCCUUGGAAGCGAGGAUGGUGAGACUUCGUCUCACGCACUUUAGACAUGUUAUGAGGGGAACCAGUUCCUGGAGAAGGACAUCAUGCUUGGUAAAGUAGAGGGUCAGCAAAAAAGGGAAGACCUCAACAGGAUGUAUUCACACAGUGGCUGCAACAGUAGGCUCAAACAUAGCAAUGAUUGUGAAGAUGAAGAACCAGGCAGCGUUUCCUUUUGUUACACAUAGGGUCGCUAUGAGUCGGAACCUACUCGAUGGCAUCUAACAAAAACAGCAUGGUUGUCUUCGUUUUACUCUCCCUCUUCCAUUCUGACCUUUUGGAUAGCCCUGGUUGUAAAUUCAGGCCAUUAGCUGAUGAACAUCUCUGCACCGGUGUCUUCAGACUUCCUGACAUUGCACCCCUUUGUGCUUUUUGGCAGUGACGCCAGUGCCUAUCACAUAUGCUUUUGGGGAGGAAAUACAGUUUUACUAUGUGUUGUCUCAGGACUAUUCCCUCCAGAAAUUCUAUCAUUAUUUAAUCACUUCUUUUUUGUAUUUGUAAGCUGUGUUGGUGGUUGAAUCCACCAGCCACUCCCUGGGAGAAAAGACAUGGUGAUGUGCUCCCACAAAUAUUACAGCCUAGGAAAGCCUCUGGGGCAUUUCUACUCUGUCCUAUAGAUCUGCUUUGAGUCAGAAUCAACUCGAUGGCACACAACAGUGCAAGUUAUGUUUGGUAAAAUAAAGGUCAAAGAAAAUGAGGGAAACCCUCAAUGAGAUGGAUUGACGUAAUAGUAGUAACAAUGGACUGAAACAUUCAAACGAUCGUGAAGAAGACAUAGGACCAGGCAGUGUUUCAUUUUGUUUUACCUAAGGUUGCCAUGAGUUGGCGCUGACUUGAUUAACAACAACAACAGGCUCGUAUUUUGUGACACAUAAUCUGCCAGGACUUUUGGAGACAGUAUGUUAUAACAGCAAAAAUAAGCCUGGCUUCGUACUGUUUAUAGGAUUUCCAGAAAAUGAACACGGUGCAAAUAAUGCUUCAAAGACAACUUUCUUAAAUUGUAUAAUGUUAUUCAUUAGAGAACGUCAAGCAAUAAUGGUGUUGCGGAUAACGGGAAUUUUCAGUGUUUGGGAGUUCCUGAGUAGAAGCUUACUUUUGUUGUGAAAUGAGUUUCUUUUUGUGGCCUUUUGCCUUGGUUCUUUGGAAAAAUUGCUAGAGAGAAUUUUUCCCUAAGCCCUGAGGAGUUACCUUUGCUCUAGUUUUCAACCCCAGAGGGUUUAAUACUUUCGUCCAAGUUGAUUGGCAUUUCCUGAGUAAGCUGUAAACUUGAUGGUUUUGUAUUUUUUGGCUGGGCCUGGGCUGCAGCCUACCCUGCGAUUGGUCUAUUUUAUGAGCCUUGUAGGGAUUGGUCAGUGUACUUAGGCAAAUGAUGUGACUAUACCAUACUUCUGCAAAUGAAGUGAUUGUGGCCUACCAAGAGAGGAUUGGCCAUUUCAUGGCCCUGGUGGGAGGGCCACACCUUGAAAUUGACCAGGAGUUUGCUUAUAUAUGUAGCCAACCCCACAGAGGUAUACAGACAGAGAAGGAAGAAAGAUGCAGGAAAUGAGAAAAGGCAAGAAGCAGAGAGAGAGGAGGCACGGAACCUCCUAAAAGACAUAUAACAAAGGUUAAGGGCUGUGACACUGAAGACAGCAACAGGCCCAGAAGGGGCACUGAGUCAGAGCCUGCAGUGAAGUCAGCCACAGUAGGCCCGGAAGGGGCCCUGGGGCAGAGUCAGUUAUGAUGACAAACCAGCUGCUAGGAAUGCAGCUAAAAGACCCGAACAAAACUGCUGUACUGGCUAUGAACUGGGUUAGUUAGCAGUGGAGUGGCCAGUGGUAGGGAGGCUGACAGCAGAGAAUCCUGCCCUGAGGGGGCUGAGAGGAGGCUUGUUCCAAGGGGCAGGAAAGAAACCACUUCUGAGGGGGCUGAGAGGAGGCUGCAUGGCAGAAAGAAGGGCCUGCUUGCUUAAACGGCCCAGAGGACUGGAGAGAGCAGUCCUGCACUGAAGAAGGGAGGGAUGUGCUCUCCACUUUGGGGAAACCUUCCAGACUGCCUACAUGUUUCCUGAUCCUGAGCUGUAGCCUGUUCAUCCUGAUCCCGAGUUGUACACUUUUCCUUAAUAAACCACUUAACUAUAAGUAUGGACUGUGAAUUAAUCGAACCCAACAGAGAAAUAGUGCCAUGGGGAGGACAGCUGGUAUCAGAAUUGAUAAAAUGUUUGGAGAGUGAAGGUAUGUCUGAUCUCCACCUCAAAGGGAUCAGCUUUGUGCUGAUCUUCAUUCUCAUUAUCCUCCCUGAAGUUAGACAGGUUCUGAUGCUACUGCUAUUCAAUUGAUUUAAAUGCUACUACUACACUAAUGACUUAAAAUUUGAGGUGACACCAAAAGAUUUAUCAAGUGAGGGAUGUUUCAAGGUGAGAGAAAAUGACCUAGGAACACCUUGUGUUGGGAAGGCACAUGUGGACUUCAAAGAACCGAAGGAAGUACAACAUGUUUCUAGUGUGAGGUGGGGAGACUGGGUAGAGGUGAAGCAAGGAAUAUAGGUGGUGUCUUCUGGCAAGUAUUGGAAGUUACAUCAAAGAUGAGACGUUUUACUUGUGCCUGAAUAUUCGCUGCAGCACUUUUCACAGUAGUCAAAAGGUGGAAACAACUGAAAUGUCCAUCAACAGAUGAAUGGAUAAAGAAAAGGUAGUAUAUACAUACAAUGGACAUACGUAGGCCCAGCUGUAAAGAGGGAUGAAGUCUUGAUGCUUGGCACAACGUGAUGAAUCUUGAAAACAUUGUGAGCAGAAUAAGUCACAAAAGGACAAAUAGUGUAUGAUUUUACUUACGUGAACUAAGCAAAUAUAUAGAAGCCAAAGAUUAUUAAUGGUUAUUGGGGGUGGUUGGGAGGGGGGAAAGGAAGUUUUUGUUUGGAGGGCAUUGGUAGUGGAAUGUUUUGAGAAAUGGUAGUGAUAAUGGUGGAACAACAUGAAAAAUGUAAUCUAUGUCAUUGAACUGUAAAUGUGGAAAUUGUGUUGACUAAUGUUUUGGUGUAUAUUUGCACCACAAUUUUUAAGAAAUCAUAAGUUUUAACCGCCUGCUUAUCCAUUAACAGAUGAGUAGGUAAACUGUGGUCUAGCUGCAAAUAAAUGGAAUAUUUCUCGACCAUAAAGAGAAAUGAAGUCCUGAUACAUGCUACAACAUGAUGAACCUUGAAAACAUGCUGAGUGAAAUAGGUUGCAAAAGGACAAAUAUUGUAUGAUCCUAUGAAUAGGCAAUUACGUAGAGAGCAAAGUUUAUUAGUGUUUUAGGAGUGGGUAGGAGGGCGGGAGAAAGGAAGACACUGAGUUUCUGUUAAGGGGAAUGGAAUAAUUUGGGAAUGGAUAAUGGAUUAUGAACAUAGUGUUACUGAACUGUUCAUGUGAAGAUUGUUGAAAUGGCAAAUGUUUUGUUGAUAUAUAUUUACCACAAAAAUAAUAAUGGUAACUUUUCAUGAGAGAUAAUAGGCCUCUGAGAAUUUGAAUUGGGCCGGAGGAAUUAUCCAAAUUGCUUAUAAAUUUUGAAAUUGAAUCCUGAAAAAUACUGUUUAAUGUGUAUAAAUAUGAAACCUGUAUCUACGUUGUCUUAACAUUUUAAUGCAGUAUAUUUAGGUAACAUGGUUGUAAUGAAUGAAAAAUCAAGAUGAAACAUCAAUUUCUGGCCUCUAAUAAAUUUGAGAGCAACAUUGUAUCUCAUAAGACCUGUUUCUUAAUUAGUCUGUAAGAGGACUGUAAGCUCUUGAAAAUCUACCUGUUUUCUUUAGGGGUGUAUUUUGUCGGGUUAAUAUUCUUCAUGGAGUGCAAGGUUUUACCUAAGCCCUCAGUGCCUUCCCUAAAGAGCCACUUGAGUGGGGCUCCAUUACAGGGGAAUAUAGAAUUGUUUGAAUGCU